AUGAAGGUUCUAGUGCUUCUCGUGGCGUUUUGCGCUUUCGCUACAGCAAUGGUCCCGCGGGACAAGAGGGAGGCAUCUGAAGGGGAAGCACCUAAAAUCUGCGCCCCUUCGACUCCGUGUGCUUGGCAAAUCACUAACAAGCAAACCAACAUGGUCGAGCAAAUUAUUCCCAACACCUACUGCAACUGUGCCGUGGGCUUUAACUGCGAGUUGGUUAGCGAGAAGAGCUUUAUCAGCGGCUUCGAGUACCGCUGUCUAGAAUCCGGAGGUAGCUAA